AUGCGAAAAUGGUUUCCGCCACAGAGCAGAUGUCUUUUCUGCCGCUACGCACCGCGUCCAAUCCGCAGCAAAAGCGCCACACGUGCAACAUGCGCAACGACUCCUAUCAGAAGAGCGUUCACAACGAUACGCUACGACGCUCCCAAAGACCGUAACAUCCCUACUUGGACUGCGGGUCAUACCUUACAAGACGAGGGCGGCCCUCUGAUCUCGUUCAGUGAUCCGACGGAGGAUGUGGAUUUAGGAAGAAAUAUUUCUGAGGAGUUGUCUGUUGUCAAAGACCGGCUUGAAGGGAGUGGCCAUAGUACAAAUGGCCAUCAAUGGCAGACCUUCAAGGACGAAAUGCUGGAUAUCUGGACCAGUCAUUAUUCUACCUUGAGCAAACGUCAGCGAGAUGUCCAGAAGGCAUUAAGGAAAGCGCAAAGCGAUGGAACUGCCGCCUCUUACUUGCAGUGUGCUUUCAUUGACCGUGUCAUGGAAUCCAGAGGCCACAGCAUUUCUCAGGCAUUGGAAAAGGUUGCUGAUAUGCGAUAUCCCACGGAAUGGUACACGAGAGCGCGCUCAACUCAAAGAGACAUUCAUCUUCAUAUCGGACCAACCAAUUCGGGCAAGACCUACAAUGCCCUCAAACGAUUAGAGGAAGCUGCAAGCGGCUUCUAUGCCGGCCCUUUGCGGCUACUUGCUCACGAAGUUUAUUCCCGUUUCAAGGCAAAAGGCAGACGUUGUGAUCUUGUUACCGGAGACGAUGUUCGUCGCGACGAAACCGAGCCUGAUGAAGCCCUCCUUACCUCGUCGACCGUGGAGAUGGUAGACGUGAAUAAAUCGUGUGAGGUAGCUGUCAUCGACGAAAUUCAGAUGAUGGCGGACAUUGACCGCGGCUGGGCCUGGACAAGAGCAUUCAUCGGAUCCUGUGCCAAGGAGGUGCAUCUUUGCGGCGAGAAUCGUGUCCUCCCCCUCGUCCAGGAACUCGCAGCUUCCAUGGGUGACAAUCUGCAUGUCCAUGAAUACCAGCGACUCAACCAGUUGGAGUGCAUGCCCCACAGCUUGCGCGGCGACUUAGGACAGUUGCGCCCUGGUGAUGCGAUUGUCUGUUUUACAGUGGUCGGAAUUCACGCCAUGAAAAAGGCUAUAGAGACGAAAACGGGUCGGAGAGUGGCUAUUGUAUAUGGAUCCCUCCCUCCCGAAACACGCGCUCAACAGGCGGCGCUGUUCAACGAUCCCGAUAACGACUACGAUUAUCUGGUGGCAAGCGAUGCUAUUGGCAUGGGCUUGAACUUGAGCAUAAAACGAGUCAUUUUCGAAACCGUGCAGAAGUUCAAUGGUGUCAGAAGAGAGCAACUUUCGAUUCCACAGAUCAAACAAAUUGCCGGCAGAGCAGGUCGCUAUCGAACCGCGCAAGAUGCAACCAAGAAAGAGACACGCCACACUGGGCGACAUGCAAAGGACCGGCCAGUCGGCCUGGUGACGACUUUGGAUGAGAUGGAUUUGCCCAUCGUUCGACAUGCACUCGCAUCAGAAGCCGAGCCUAUCACUACUGCGGGUUUGCUACCGCCUGGCGAGUUCGUGGAAGAUUUCGCCGCGAGGCUACCUGCGGACACGCCUCACGAGUACGUACUUACGCGGCUCUCCGAGGCUGCUGCAGUGCAUCCUCGAUUCAGCCUCUGUCGACUACGAGAUCAGCUGACUGUCGCCCGCAUCAUUGAGCCUGUAAAGAACCUGACAACUGCAGAUCGCCACGUCUUCACAGCGGCACCAUUUGGCUUUCGUGGAGAAAGCAAGCAGGCGGGCGUUCAACUCUUGUUCGAUGUGGCAACACGCGUUGGCAACGGGGAAAGGAUGUCCAUUGUGGACCUUCCCACUAUUCCAUUAGAACUGCUUGAGCCGAGCCUAUCGCCCGGCCGCAGGGUGCUCGAAAAGCUCGAGUUCCUCCAUCAGGCUUUGAUCCUCUAUCUUUGGCUCAGCUACCGCAUGGCCAGCAAUUUCGCAGACCAAGAGAUGGCUUUUCACGCCAAAGAAAUGGUCGAGGCCAGAAUUGAUACCUACCUCGUCAAAUACACGAACGCCAAGACGUACCACAAGACGCCUCUACUCACUUUUCGAAGAGUCGACUCGCUUAGUGCAGCAAAUAAACGGGGAGAUGAUACCAGACCUCACAAUAGACUUUCAGGUCGCUUCAAGCUGGACAGGGAGAUGAUUGAGAACAGAGAUCUCGAGCAGAAGCAUGCACUCGUGUCAGACGAGUCUAUCAGAGAUCCCGAGACUUUGAUGGGCCCAGAAGAGGCAGCUACGCUCGACGUGCCCAAUAAUGAAGCCCCAGUACUGCCAAUAGACUGGACUCGACCCAUCGAUUACGACAAUCACGACGGGCCUAAACCUACGAGCAAGGACCAAGCCUUCCAACGCGCGGAGAGGGCGGGCGGAGACGCCUAG